AUGGACAUUCCACAUUUGGCAUGGUUUAAGGUGCUGCUCGUGGUUGCAAAGCAGUCCCCUGAAGAUCUGUACAACAUGGCGAGAACCUGCAAGUUAUUUAAAGAAAUGCUCAACGAUCCUGAGGUUUGGACAAUAGUGUCAGUGGAUAAGUACCAGUGGCAUCAGGACUGGUACCCAAGUGAGGAAGGUAAAAUUGUUGAGUUCUUGCAAAAGUGCAAAGAACAUAACAAUCCAGAAAUCAUUUACAGAGAAGCUAUUCAUGACUUCUUCCUAUUGAAAGAUGAUGAGGGCAUGAAGAACCUAUGGGUGGCGGCUAUGGCAGGGCAUAAGGAAGCCUCCUACCUUGUUGGCUUGCUAGGGCUGUUGAACCCUAGCGAGGGCAAGGAGAAUGCGAUGGAGUUUUUGUGCCAUCUCAGCAAAACGAAGAAACUGCAAGCUUACAGGGAUUCAAUAAGCAUUCGACUGGGUCGGUAUACAAUGUCUGGCACCAAAACUCCUCCUCUGCUUGAAAAGUUUACUGCAAACGAACAUUUUUUUCAAGACUGCAUUGACUGUGAGGGUAAUCAGGAGUGGUAUCAGUUCUGGGACCGCAGUGCCGAAGACAGGGGCAACGUAGAUGCUUGGAACUGCAGUGAACCCUGCAAAUGGAAGAGGGAGCUGGCGAACUCCACUUCAUGA